UGCCCUGACGUUGCCCCGGCGGCGCGGAGAUUGGGAGCCGCCGCGCUGGGGGCGGGCUCGGCUCCGGUUUAAUCUCCGGCUCGGCAGGGAUUACGGCCGCAGGAUAGUUUCUAAUCCGCGGCACCGGCCACCGGGGGCUGCUCGCCCCAGCCCGCAGCAGAGGCACCGCCGGAGAGGGGGGCAGAGACCAAGGAGAGCCCACAGUGAGCCCAGCAGCCUCCUCACCAUGGACACCACGGACAUGCCCCUCCAGGCUGAGAUGGUGGAGUUGGUGCCUAAUGGGAAGCACUCGGCCAUGCUUACUGCCUCCACGAUCCCCUCGCUCACGGGUGACAGGUUUGAGGAGAAUCAGUCUGGUGUGGCUGAGAUGGAGGAGUUCCUGCCCCACGGCGCUGAGAAGAAGCAGACGCACUUCACUGAUUUCGAAGGGAAGACGUCUUUUGGGAUGUCUGUCUUCAACCUGAGCAAUGCCAUCAUGGGCAGUGGCAUCCUGGGGCUGGCCUAUGCCAUGGCCAACACUGGCAUCAUCCUCUUCCUCUUCCUCCUGACAGCGGUGGCCCUUCUCUCCAGCUACUCCAUCCACCUGCUUCUCAAGUCCUCUGGCAUCGUGGGCAUCCGUGCCUAUGAGCAGCUGGGCUACCGAGCCUUCGGCACGCCGGGGAAGAUGGCUGCAGCCAUUGCCAUCACUCUGCAGAACAUCGGAGCCAUGUCCAGCUACCUGUACAUCAUCAAAUCUGAAGUGCCUCUUGUCAUCCAGACCUUCCUAAACCUGGAGGAGAAGACCACGGACUGGUACAUGAACGGGAACUACCUGGUGAUCCUGGUUUCCAUCACUGUUAUCCUACCCCUGGCCCUCAUGAAGCAGCUGGGCUACCUCGGCUACGCCAGCGGCUUCUCCCUCAGCUGUAUGGGCUUCUUCCUCAUCUCGGUCAUCUAUAAGAAGUUUCAGAUCCCCUGCCCACUCCCCGAGCAGGAGUGGAACCUCACGGGCAGCCUCAAUGCCACCCCUGUCAGCACCAGCGACUACCAGAAUGGCUACACUGUCCUCCAGACCCCUGAGCAGGGCACCUGCACCCCCAGCUUCUUCACCCUGAACUCCCAGACGGCGUACACCAUCCCCAUCAUGGCCUUCGCCUUCGUCUGCCACCCAGAGGUCCUGCCCAUCUACACCGAGCUGAAGGACCCCUCCAAGAAGAAGAUGCAGUGCAUCUCCAACAUCUCCAUUGCUGUCAUGUACCUCAUGUACUUCUUGGCUGCCCUCUUUGGCUACCUCACGUUCUACGGUGGUGUGGAGUCGGAGCUGCUGCACACCUACAUCAAGGUGGACCCCUUUGACGUGCUCAUCCUGUGCGUGCGGGUGGCUGUGCUGACAGCUGUCACCCUCACUGUUCCCAUCGUCCUCUUCCCGGUACGCCGUGCCAUCCAGCAGAUGCUGUUCCAAGGGAAGGACUUCAGCUGGAUCCGCCACAUUGCCAUUGCUGUGGUCCUGCUGACCUUCAUCAACCUGCUGGUCAUCUUUGCCCCCUCCAUCCUCGGCAUCUUCGGCUUGAUAGGUGCCACCUCUGCACCCUGCCUCAUCUUCAUCUUCCCUGCCAUCUUCUACAUCCGCAUCAUGCCCAAGGACAAGGAGCCACUGCGCUCUACCCCCAAAAUCUUGGCUGCCUGUUUUGCCCUCCUUGGGGUACUCUUCAUGAUCAUGAGCUUGAGCUUCAUAAUCAUCGACUGGGCCACAGGUGGGGGGAAGGGCGGCGGCAGCCACUAGCUGGCGCUGGAUGCCCACACCAACCUGCCCCCCACCCACUGGUGUUCCAGGGAGAGCCAACCCCGCGCUCAGCCCCAUUCCUCAGCCCCAGUGGGCUAACCUGGGGACCCUCCGCUGUCACUGCCCGUCACCCAUGGUGGUGGUGGUGGGGGCAUGAGCCAUGGCAGGUGCAGGGACCCCCUGCCCUAUGCCCAGGAUGGGGCAGUGAGCCUGGGGCAGAUGCUGUGCGCCCCCUGCUUUUUCCAGUGGGUACCCUCCCUGCUCCGCGCCUCAGUUUCCCCAUCUGUAAAAUGGGGAGCAUACUACUGCCCUACCUCACCGGGAGCUGGCUGUCAGCUGGAGCUCGUCUCUGCACACCCCGAGCUGCCGGCAGUGGGCACUGCCCCCCACGGGGGCCGAGGGCCGGGGCAAUGUCCUGGUCCCCCUGGGCAGCACCAAGAACCCUGAUGAACAGUGUCUGCAGCAGACUGGGGUCUGGCAGGGCAGUGAGACCCUGGAAGUGCCCAUGCCCAAGCCAUCUGCCAUCUCUCCCUAGUCCCCCUGUCUCUGAUGACAUGCUGCCCCACUGUUCCAGCAUCCGGGGGGCACCCUGGCCCCACGGGUGAGCAUGGUCCUGCUGCCAUGGCUGGUGGGACCCAGCAUGCUGCUCUUGAGCCCACCAGGGAAUUGUUGGCUCCCGGUGCCCUUGGACAGGACCCUGGUGACCCCCAGGCCAUACUUGGAAACCAACUGCAUUGCUCUGGGGAGGUGACGUGCCCACCAGGGGCUCGACGCCCUCUGGCAUCCUGCCCAUGGUGCAGUUUGUUUGCCCAGGGCUUGGGCCCUUAUGAGGGGUGCGGGUGGGGUUGUGGGGGUUGGGGGCAUCACUCGCUGGGGGCAUCACUCACUGGGGGUCAGCUUGGGGCUCCAGAGCCACUCCCCUUUCUGUGUGCCCAGAUGGCAGGGUAAGGGGCACCCCUGAACCCAAGCUGGCCCUUCUCGCCUUGCACCCAGGGCCAGCGCGCAGGCCUCCACUGGCCUUUCCCACCUCCUAUCCACCCACCCACUUACCCCCCUAUCCAUCCAACCAUCCAUCCGUGCUGCUGGGAUGCCCCAUGCCAUGCCAAAAUCCUGAGAGCAGCUCUCCCACCCCGCACCUCCCUUCCCCAUGGGGGGACAGCCCGGCAGGGUGGGCAGCACGGGUCGGAGGCUGUCCUGCAGUGAAGUUCAUAAGAGACGUAUUUUUUUACCAGGGUGGUGGAGGCUGGGAUGCUUUUUAUAAAUACUGUAUAUAAGAGUAGAUUUUUUUUAAUGUGUUGUGUUGCUCUGGGUAGCUCUGUUAUAAUGUAUGUAUCUAUAUGGGGUGGAGGGGAAUGGCCAUGACCUGGUGCCGGUGAGGGGCUCGGCAGACCCUUGCAAUUUCCUUGGGGCUGCUGGCUGCAGCGUGGCCCUGGUGUCCCCAUCCCCAGCCCAGCUGCCCUGUGGCCACCCCUGGGCCACGCUGGGCAGGUGACGCUUUUAAAUUAUCUGUGGGGAUGAUGUCUGUGCUGGCGAGGAGGCCAGCUGGCUCUCUCUGGCACUGAGAAUAAAGAUGUGAAUGUG